GGCGCGGAUGACCGGGACUGCGGAGAUAAACAAACACACGCAGCGCAGAACGUUAGAGGCGAAUGCGGCGGUUCGACAGCACCGGCUGACUUUCAGGUGAAGCGACACCGAGCUUUAAAGCCGAAAUCCCCGCUAGAAACGCUGGACUUAAAUUACCCCCCUCGCCUGGGAAAAAAAAACAACAAAACAGGAUUUGUUUCCCUCCCUCUCUCCCUCCCUCUCUCCCUCACCCCCACCGGACUCGGCUUAUGUGACACAUUAACGUCCCGGCUGAGCGAACCGAGCGGAACAUGACGGAGCUGAGGAAGCGAGGCGGAGGAGAACCGGACGGCACCGACAAUGUCAGCGACAGGGAGGCCGACGGCGACGAGCGGCUCGGCCUGCAAGGCGACGCGGAGGGAGAAUGCGACGGCGACUCCAAAGCGGACACUCCAGAUGUUCCGCUCUCCACAGCGGACUCGGACAACACUCCACAGUGCCUGAACAAAGCCCUGGAGGGCCUGCCGCCCAGAUGGAAGAACUACUGGAUACGAGGGGUCCUGUCUUUGGCCAUGAUUUCAGGCUUCUUCCUCAUCAUCUACAUGGGACCCGUCACUCUGAUACUAGUGGUCAUGACCGUCCAAAUCAAGUGCUUCCAAGAAAUCAUCACCAUCGGCUACAGAGUGUACCAUUCCUACGAGCUGCCCUGGUUCAGGACCCUCAGCUGGUACUUCCUGAUUUGCGUCAACUACUUCUUCUACGGGGAAACCGUUGCGGAUUACUUCGGGGCUCUGGUGCAGAGGGAGGAACCCCUGCAGUUCCUGGCGCGCUAUCACCGCUUCAUCUCCUUCGCCUUGUACCUCGCAGGUUUCUGCAUGUUUGUGCUGAGUUUAGUGAAGAAACAUUACCGCCUGCAGUUUUAUAUGUUUGCGUGGACCCAUGUGACGCUGUUGAUUGUGGUGACUCAGUCGCACCUUGUCAUUCAGAACCUGUUUGAAGGGAUGAUCUGGUUCAUCGUCCCGAUCUCCAUCGUCAUCUGCAAUGACAUCAUGGCCUACCUGUUUGGCUUCUUCUUCGGGAGGACUCCGCUGAUCAAGCUCUCACCCAAGAAGACCUGGGAGGGCUUCAUCGGAGGGUUCUUUGCCACGGUGGUCUUUGGCUUCAUGCUGGCCUACCUGCUGUCUCAGUUCCAGUACUUUGUGUGUCCUGUGGCCGUCAACAGUGAGACCAACGGGUUCACAGUCGAGUGCGAGCCGUCGGAGAUCUUUGUGAUGCGCGAGUACACGCUUCCUGCCGUGGUGCAGAAUAUGCUGACAUGGAAAACGGUGAAGCUGUACCCCUUCCAGAUCCACAGCAUCUUCCUCUCGGCCUUCGGCUCCCUCAUCGGGCCUUUCGGCGGCUUCUUUGCCAGCGGCUUCAAGCGAGCCUUCAAAAUCAAAGACUUUGCCAACACCAUCCCCGGCCACGGAGGCAUCAUGGAUCGCUUCGACUGCCAGUACCUGAUGGCCACCUUCACGCACGUCUACAUCGGCAGCUUCAUCCGAGGGCCGAACCCCAGCAAAGUGCUGCAGCAGCUGCUGAUGCUUCGGCCGGACCAGCAGCUCGGCAUCUUCCGCACGCUGCACUCGCAGCUGAGGGAGAGGGGCAUGCUGCCCCCCCCCGCGGCACAGGCCUAACUGGGGGGGGGGAAAGGUCACGAAGCUUCGCGGGCCGACGAGAGUGUGUGUGAGUCUUUGUGCGUGAUUUAGUUCCAGCAUGUACACACACACAGACACACACACACUUUUUUUUAAGUUUGGCGCCAACUUCCGACCAGCUGAACAUCACGUCUUUGAACCCGAGGCGACUGCAUGGAAAAUCCUCGCAGUGACACAAAAAACCUACACAACAACAACAACAUGGCGUCUUCCUUCUCCACUCGGACCGGACAAGAACUUCUCUUCUCGAGCGGGCGGGCGAGCCGCCCGUCUGAAAGCCAACGGACUGAAGAAGCGUGUCGCCGGGCUCUGCGGCGCCCUGCAGGGAGCCGGAUGUGCGUUUCUUUUUCUUUCUUUUGUUGUUUUAAACGAGCUUUUACCAGCGUGAACCGUUGAGAUUUGUCUCUCCGGGGCGAAGCGAUGAUGCAGCAGGUUGUCGGGGAGGCUGCAGACACUGUUUUCUAUCCCUUUGGCUCUAUUUGCAUUACAAACAUGUAGCACGGAGACGAGCUGUCGGCUUUUUAGGUCUCUGGAUGUGAAACCGCGCGAGCCGGCUGACUCCAGGCACGUUAACGCAGAAACCAGCGCACAAGCACCCGCGUUAAUGUACUGUACAUACAUAUAGUGAGGAUAUUUAACUGAACAAAUACCUAAUGCAUAGAAUAACUACUCGUGUGACCUGCUGGGGCGGGGACCCUUUGAAGCUAUGAAUAAUGAUAUGCAAAAGUAGAGAUGUAACCCGUGGCUAGUUUGCCUUUAGCAUGAACACUAUAGAUUUUUACCAAACGGGGCCGGAGGAGUUGCUGCUGACUUGGAGGGUUUUUCCAGGUGAACUUACAGGACUUAAAGGAAUAGUUUGACGUUUGGAAAAUGUGCUUUUCAUUUAUCAUGGGUGAUAAUUAGUUGGCAGUAACGGGGCACCUGUAGAAGUCACGAGUGGACAGCGAUCAUUAUUUAAAUGAUCAGACCUCAGUGUGCCAGUAAAGUGACUGAAAAAUCUGAGAGAAAAUGUCAUUCCGUCUCUUCCCUCUACAAUUGAUUCCCCCCCCGUCGAUGCCACAUUUUGGUGUUAAAGCUUCAAUGGCUUUAAAAUAUUUUAGGAAAGAAAUCUAUAACUUGGUUGUUUUUUUGUUAAAGAGAGAUUAGAUAAUUAAGUUAAUAAAGAAAAACUUUAUUUAUUCGUAUAUAAUGAAGCUGUAAAUCUGCAAGGGAACAUUUUUUUUGUUUGUAACAUAAUACCCCGUCCCCAAAUGCUUCCUGCAUCGUACUCACAGGGCACAGCAGUAGUUUUGUGUGUAUGCGGAUGAAGCUAAGCUAAGCUAAGCUAACGGCUGGCUAGCUCUGCAGCGCGGUGUAGAAAACCCCAUUUCCCAAAAUGCUGAACUAUUCCUUUGAGAGAAAUGUGCUUCCUUUAACAAUUUAUCCAAUGAUUUCGGUUGCACUGUAGCGGUUAGAAGUGUGUGGGACGGGGGGCCGGGGGGCCGAGGGGCCGGGGGGCCGGGGCCGGUUAGAGGAGGCGGUUGCAUCAAACCACUCCGAAGGUUUCCUCAUCCUCGGAUUCAAUGUUUGUCAAACUGUUUAAAAAAAAAAAACGUACUAUUUUUUAAAAGUCUCCUUUAUGCAUUAAAUCACUGUUAAAUUAUUAUAUUUUGAAUGUAGUUUUAAGAUGUGAUCACUGACGUCAGACCGGAGGACGUUUCAGCAUAAACACCAACAUGUGUGUUCACACACUUCUCUGAGUAGAGAUACAAACCUGGUGGACGGCGGUUUAUUUAAUAUCAUAUGCAAGACGUAGUUAGAUUCCGUUCUGUAGAAUGUGUGUUGGAUCAUCGACUGGAACCAGAAACCGUGGAAACGCGCCACGGGAAACGUUCACCAACGCACUGAUUAACACUGAAGAAAAGCUCUUUGUUUCUGGAAUAUGAAAGAAUGACCCACGAGGUUUCACUCCGAUCCUUCCUGCAGGCACUGACGGAGUUCUCAUUCCUCUGUCCUCCUCGUUCAUUUUAGGGUGUUUUUUCUUUGCUGGGACCAGCUGUAUUGUACUGUACAAAUAAAUAUAUAUAUAAUAUAUAUAUAUAUAUAAUUACUACACAGACUGAAGCAAUCUGACCAAAACAGCUGAUGGUCAAAUUAUGUAUGCGCAUAAAUCCAUAUAUUUUAUUUAGGUUUUGUGGGGAGUCGUAAGUGUGCCGCUGGAAUAAUUAAAACUACUAUGAAGUGCUUUUAAAAAAGCUUGCAAAAAGAGAAAAUACUAAAAGUAAUCAUGUUCUUGGUGAUUAAAAGCAUUUAAAAAAAAUUAACAUUUUCCUCUUUACGUUUCAUUUCAUGAUUACUUAGUUGAAUUGAAUUUAAAUAAUUUUCAGUCAUUAGGUUUACACUAAGAUUGAUGAAUAAAUUACUUGAUUAUUAAAAUAGUUGCUGAUGAUCAUUGAUCAACUUGUUUCAGCUCGAGUUGGACACUCAUGUAAACCGGAUAACAAAAGUACAAUUUUUAAAAUACUUCUGGUGGUCUUUUUUCUAAAAAGCACUAUUGAUGAAUUGUUUAAUAUUGGUAUUAUACUAAGUGUAUUAUUCCAUUGGUGCAUUUAAGACUCCAAUUUUAAAGAAAUAGUUCAAAUUAGACCAAAGUUGUGUGAACAAAUUUAUAUUUUUACUCUUUGUGAAAGUACACAAACGUCAACAAAGGAAAGAAAAAGGUGAUUUUUUUAUUUUCUUUUGCCCAAAUGUCAGAUGUUUGGUCGCUUGUCGUGUAAUUUAUCAUUUUGUGUUUGUUUUGUUUCUGCUUCGAGCCGAAAUGUUUUCUUGUGAAAAUCGAUCGCUUUUGAAGCGGAAAAGAUGGAAUAAAGAAGUAUUUUGUUAUUAAAGGGGCAACACAGUCAUGUAUAAACCACAUAUUGAUAUCUAUUUAGGGAUACGGCAAAGCUGUUUACUGUACGGAGGUGAAUAAAGUUUUUCUUUUAAAAUCUU